GAGGAAGACAGUCGGGUGACCGGCUCUGAGCUGACGCAUGCGUGUUGAGUCCUGACUCCAGCAUGGGUUCCUCGCUCCCUGUCUUGUCUCUGCUGUGGAUCCUAUCCAGUCCCAGACUUCAGCUAGGAAAUGCCCAGGCACCUGCCAUGGUGCAGCUGCCAGGCGGGCGAUUUUUGAUGGGGACAGAUGCUCCUGAUGGCAGAGAUGGUGAAGGGCCUGCCCGGGAAGUGACAGUAAAAUCCUUUGCCAUUGAUGUAUUUCCAGUCACCAAUAAAGAGUUCAGGGAGUUUGUCCGGGAGAAAAAGUACCGGACUGAGGCUGAGACAUUCGGGUGGAGCUUCGUCUUCGAGGAUUUUGUCUCCCCAGAGCUUAGAAAUCAAGCAAAUCAGAUGCCGUCAGUUCUCUGGUGGCAACCAGUGCAAAAGGCAUUUUGGAGGCAGCCUGCAGGGCCCGGUUCUGGCAUCCGAGAGAAACUGGAGCUUCCGGUGGUUCACGUGAGCUGGAACGAUGCUGGCGCUUACUGCGCAUGGCGGGGGAAGCGCUUGCCCACCGAAGAAGAGUGGGAGUUUGCGGCCCGAGGGGGCUUGAAGGGGCAGGUUUAUCCAUGGGGGAACCGGUUCCAGCCAAACCGAACCAAUUUGUGGCAGGGAAAGUUCCCCAAGGGUGACAGAGCUGAAGACGGUUUUCAUGGACUGUCACCAGUGAAUGCUUACCCCCCACAGAACAACUAUGGACUAUAUGACCUCAUAGGCAAUGUGUGGGAAUGGACGGAUUCCACAUUCCAGUCUGCUGGCCAGGACAUGCGUGUCCUCCGGGGGGCAUCAUGGAUCGACACAGCUGACGGCUCUGCCAAUCACCGGGCUCGGGUCACCACCAGGAUGGGCAACACUCCAGAUUCAGCCUCAGACAACCUGGGCUUCCGCUGCGCUUCCAGCACAGGCCGACUGAAGGAGGAUCUGUGAGCAUCCAGGCAGGGAUAGAGAAAGCCCUCCUCAGUACCGUGUCUCCCUAACCAUGUUCCAGAGGUGUGUGGAUAUCAAGUUCUUCAUCAGCA